AUGGCGACGGAACCAAAAGCAGCAACCGAGGAAGUCAAGAUCGAUCUCUUCGAAGAUGACGAUGAAUUUGAAGAGUUCGAGAUCAAUCAAGUGCGGGAGCACAAGGAGGAAGGAAAAGAGGCGACGCAGCAGUGGGAAGAUGAUUGGGAUGAUGAUGAUGUCAAUGAUGACUUCUCGCUGCAGCUAAAGAAGGAAUUAGAGCAAAACUGA